ACCAACGUAUUGCUUUGCUAGCGAACAUAAAGUUGAGUCUUUGAAGCUCUUUAGACCAAUCGUGUGUAUAUUACUCUUAGUGUUUUGAAUAUAAUUAUGUUUACCCAUCUACUAGUUCAUUUUAACGUCAUUUGCUCGUUAAAUUAGCAAAUGUGUUACUAAAUUGAUACUGCAUUAGGCUAAUCGACCGGAGCAUGAGCUCACAAAGCUCGACCGAGAAAGAAGCUCUGGUGAAAGGAGAGGAAGAAGCUUUCAGGAUGAAAAGGGAGGAAGAGGACGCUAUCACAUUGAAAGAAGAAGAGGAUGAUAUUACAGUGAAAGAGGAAGAUGGGAAAGAUGUUGUCAAAGUGGAAGGGGAGGAGGUAGAAGCUUUCAGAAUCAAAAACGAGGAAGAUGCCAUAACAUUGAAAGAAGAGGAAGAACCUUUUAGAGUAAAAGAGGAAGAGGAGGCUAUUUCAAUAAAAUUGGAGGAAGACGUUUUGGGAGUGAAAGCGGAGGAGGCUGAAGAUCAGACUACCACCAGAGAGAGACGUGACUAUCGUGGAUCCUCUGGGGAGCAUCAACAACAUCCUGAUGCUGACGAGGCAGAGAAGAGUCUCUCCAGAUCAGAACACCAGAUGGACAACGCUAGCCCUUCCUCCCUCCUGGAGUCCCCGUGUCGUACCUCUCCCAGUAGCGCCUUACUGCUGGGUAUGAAGAGGUUGUCUGUGCUGCUGGUGGACUGCAGGAAAACAACGGGGCUGAGUGGAACUGUGAGAGGUGGAGAAGAGAUGAAAGGAUCAGAUUUAACUCAUCAAAGAGAAAGACCAGACUCAGAGGAACCAGAGCCAGGGACGUCCAAACCAGCAAGACGACACCAGUGCUCCCAGUGUGGAAAGGGUUUUAACGAUUUAGGGAACCUGAAACGACAUGAGAGAAUACACACAGGGGAGAAGCCUUACCACUGCUCCCAGUGUGGAAAGAGUUUUAACAAUUUAGGGAACUUGAUACAGCAUGAGAGAAUACACACAGGGAAGAAACCUUACCACUGCUCCCAGUGUGGAAAGAGUUUUAAUGUUUCAGGGAACCUGAUACAGCAUGAGAGAAUACACACAGGGGAGAAGCCUUACCACUGCUCCCAGUGUGGAAAUAGUUUUAAUGUUUCAGGGAACCUGAUAAAGCAUGAGAGAAUACACACAGGGGAGAAGCCUUACCGCUGCUCCCAGUGUGGGAAGAUGUUUAACCGGAAAGAACACCUGAAAGCUCAUGAGAGAAUACACACAGGGGAGAAGCCUUAUGACUGCUCCCAGUGUGGAAAGAGUUUUACCGUUUUAGGGAACCUGAUAAAGCAUGAGAGAAUACACACAGGGGAGAAGCCUUACCGCUGCUCCCAGUGUGGGAAGAUGUUUAACCAGAAAGAACACCUGAAAGCUCAUGAGAGAAUACACACAGGGGAGAAGCCUUACGACUGCUCUCAGUGUGGAAAGAGUUUUACAGCUUUAGGGAACCUGGUAAUGCAUGAGAGAAUACACACAGGGGAGAAGCCUUACCGCUGCUCCCAGUGUGGCAAGUGUUUUAACCAGUUAGGGAGCCUGAAACAACAUGAGAGAAUACACACAGGGGAGAAGCCUUACGACUGCUCCCAGUGUGGAAAGAGUUUUACCGCUUAUGGGAACCUGAUAAAGCAUGAGAGAAUACACACAGGGGAGAAGCCUUACCGCUGCUCCCAGUGUGGCAAGUGUUUUAACCAGUUUGGGAGCCUGAAACAACAUGAGAGAAUACACACAGGGGAGAAGCCUUACCACUGCUCCCAGUGCGGAAGGAGUUUUAACCGGAAAAACAGACUGAACCAACACGAUAAAAUACACAGAGGGAAGAUGCAUUACCACUCCUCCCAGGGUGCAAAGCUUUUGCCAAUGCUAAUCAACCGGAGCAUGAGCUCACAAAGCUCGACCGAGAAAGAAGCUCUGGUGAAAGGAGAGGAAGAAGCUUUCAGGAUGAAAAGGGAGGAAGAGGACGCUAUCACAUUGAAAGAAGAAGAGGAUGAUAUUACAGUGAAAGAGGAAGAUGGGAAAGAGGUUGUGGAAGAGGAGGAGGUAGAAGCUUUCAGAAUCAAAAAGCAGGAAGAUGCCAUAACAUUGAAAGAAGAGAAUGUAGUGAAAGAAGAGGAAGAACCUUUUAGGGUAAAAGAGGAAGAGGAGGCUAUCUCAAUAAAAAAGGAGGAAGACGUUUUGGGAGUGAAAGCGGAGGAGGCUGAAGAUCAGACUACCACCAGAGAGAGACGUGACUAUCGUGGAUCCUCUGGGGAGCAUCAACAACAUCCUGAUGCUGACGAGGAAGAGAAGAGUCUCUCCAGAUCAGAACACCAGAUGGACAACGCUAGCCCUUCCUCCCUCCUGGAGUCCCCGUGUCGUACCUCUCCCAGUAGCGCCUUACUGCUGGGUAUGAAGAGGUUGUCUGUGCUGCUGGUGGACUGCAGGAAAACAACGGGGCUGAGUGGAACUGUGAGAGGUGGAGAAGAGAUGAAAGGAUCAGAUUUAACUCAUCAAAGAGAAAGACCAGAUUCAGAGGAACCAGAGCCAGGGACGUCCAAACCAGCAAGACGACACCAGUGCUCCCACUGUGGAAAGGGUUGUAACCGGUUAUGGGACCUGAAACAACAUGAGAAAAUACACACAGGGGAGAAGCCUUAUGACUGCUUCCAGUGUGGAAAGAGUUUUAAAGAUUUAGGGAACCUGAAACGACAUGAGAGAAUUCAUACAGGGGAGAAGCCUUAUCACUGCUCCCAGUGUGGCAAGUUUUUCAACCAGUCCGGGGAGCUGAAACGGCACGAGAGAAUUCACACAGGGGAGAAGCCUUACCACUGCUCCCAGUGUGGUAAGUGUUUCAACCAGUCAGGGGAGCUGAAACGGCAUGAGAGAAUUCACACAGGGGAGAAGCCUUACCACUGCUCCCAGUGUGGAAAUAGUUUUAACCUUUUAGGGAACCUGAUACGGCAUGAGAGAAUACACACAGGGGAGAAGCCUUUCUACUGCUCCCAGUGUGGAAAGUGUUUCAACUGGUUAGGGGAUCUGAAAAGACAUGAGAGAAUGCACACAGGGGAGAAGCCUUACCACUGCUCCCAGUUUGGAAAGAGUUUCAACCAGUCAGGGGAGCUGAAACAGCAUGAGAGAAUUCACACAGGGGAGAAGCCUUACCACUGCUCCCAGUGUGGAAGGAGUUUUAACCAGAAAAACAACCUGAACCAACACGAGAAAAUACACAGAGGGGAGAUGCAUUACCACUCCUCCCAGGGUGUAAAGCCUUUGCCCAUUUAGGAAGCCUGAAAGAACAUGACACAGAGGAGAAGGCUUACAAAAGCUCAGACUUUGGGAAAACGUAUUACUCAUAACAUUUACUUAAACGUCAUUAGAGAAUCCACACAGGAGAGAGAAAUUACUUCUCUUAGCGUGUAUAUUGAUAUUUCACAUCUCAUUGACCUACAAUUCAUCAGAGAACAUACACAGUGCUCCCGUUAUCUUAUAUUGUUGCCUUAUAAUGUGUUUACCUGUUUUUACCAGAUGAAAUUGCUUCUUCCAAUUAUUGAUAAACAUGUACCUGUUAAGAAACUGACUGUUAGAUAUGUUAAGGCUCAGAAAGUAAUUCCCCUACCCAAGAGUGGUAAAGCGGCCUUUACUGGUUCUAACAGCAGACCUAUAAACUUGCUGCCAGCUCUAAGCAACAUGUUGGAAAUUGUGUUUGAACAAAUACAAUGCUAUUUCUCUGUAAAUAACUGAACAACAGACUUUCAACAUGUACUGCACUGACACAAAUGACUGAUGACUGGUUGAGAGAAAUUGAUAACAAGAAGAUUGUGGGAGCUCUAUUGUUAGAUUUCAGUGCAGCCUUUGAUAUUAUUGACCAUAACCUGUUGUUUAAGAAUGUCUGUGCUAUGGCUUUUCAACCUCAGCUCUGAAUCCACAUUAUGGCAAUCUAUCUACUAGAACUCAGUGGGUUUUAAUGGAAGCUUCUCUAAUGCCAAACAUAUAAAGUGUGAUGUACCGCAGGGCAGCUCUCUAGGCCCUCUACUCUUUUCUAUUUUUACCAAUAGCCUGCCACUGGCAUUAAACAAAGCAUGUGUGUCCAUGUAUGCUGAUGAUUCAACCAUAUAAGCAUCAGCAACCACAGCUAAUGAAGUCACUGAAACCCUUAACAAAGAGUUGCAAUCUGUUUUGGAAUGCGUGGCCAGUAAUAAACUGGUCCUGGACAUCUCUAAAACUAAGAGCAUUGUAUUUGGUACAAAUCAUUACUUAAGUUAUUGACCUCAGCUAAAUCUGGUAAUGAAUUGUGUGGCAGUUGAACAAGUUGAGGAGACUAAAUUACUUGGCAUUACCUUAGAUUGUAAACUGUCAUGGUCAAAACAUAUAGAUUCAAUGGUUGUAAAGAUAGGGAGAGGUCUAGCCAUAAUAAAGAGAUGCUCUGCUUUUUUGACACUACUCUCCACAAAGCAAGUUCUGCAGGCUCUAGUUUUGUCUAAUCUUGAUUAUUGUCCAGUCGUGUUGUCCAGUGCUGCAAGGAAAGACCUAGUAAAGCUGCAGCUGGCCCAAAACAGAGCGGCUGUCACGCCCUGGCCAUAGAGAAGCUUCUAUUCUCUAUUUUGGUUAGGCCAGGGUGUGACUAGGGUGGGCAUUCUAUGUUCCUUUUUCUGUGUUUUUGUAUUUCUUUGUUUUUGGCCGAGUGUGGUUCCCAAUCGGAGGCAGCUGUCUAUCGUUGUCUCUAAUUGUGAAUCAUACUUAGGCAGCCUUUUUCCGCCUGUGUUUUUUGGGUAGUUGUUUUCUGUAUAGUUGAUUUUGUCUUACAGAACUGUUCGUUCUUCUCUUUGUUAUUUUGUUUGUUUUUUGAUUAAAUAAAA